UCAAAGUGUUAAAACCAAAUAGCCUCUUUAUGCGUAUUCCGCACAUGCCAUUUUUGUUCUCGGCUUAGUAAAAUACGCCAAAAUUAAUACACAUACACUCCAGUGCGAAAGGGAGGGAGAGGAGGCACCCUCAUUUAUUAGGCGCUAAAAAUGAAUUUCGGACAGAAAUUGGCGUUGGUAAUACUUGUAAUCCACUUCAAAUUACACGGACUACAUGCGGCAGCACUCAUCGAUCGCUUUAAAACGGUUAUCAAUGAUAUCAACAACAACAACAGUAACAACAACAACAACAGCGAUGACAUAAACAGUAGUAAUUAUGUAGCGUUCGAUGGCAGCUUUAAUGAAGUGUAUAAUAAUAGCAACAAAAAAAUAAUUGAUAACAUUAUUUCAACGUCAGCUGUAAAAACUACAACAAGUACGACCACAAAUACAAAUAAAACAUAUGACUGGCAAAUAAACAAUAAACAUUUGCUGGCAUUUCUCACAAACAGUAUCCGAAAUGAUAAUGAUUUUGUUGGUGGCACAGCUGAUAAUGCCAGUUCGUUAAUAAAUCAGACUGAACCGCUUUAUGAUAGUGAUGGGAAAUUGAUCAAUGGCAACAGCAGUGCAAACAACUUUCUCAGCAUUGAUAAAAUUUUAAGCGACGAUAGCGAUACAAAAAAUAUCAGCCAUAGCAGCCAUAACAACAACAGCAGCAGUAAAGACAAUGAAGACUCUAACAUCAACGAUAAGCUCAAUACGUUAUGGCAAUUUAUUUCUACCGGUCAACAGCUGAGUAAGCAGUCAACGAAUGACACAAAAUCUCUAGAAUCAUCUCAGUUUAAAACUGAGGAGGCUCAGGCAUACUACCAAUACAAUUUCACCCAAAAUGGCGGGAACCAAGAUGCUGCUGCAGGUAAACCUCCGAAUAAUGUCACAACGGGUGUCAAAGAAAGUCAACAAACAAACUCGAGCGAGCAGAUAAUUCCACUUGAUUCCGAAGAGCAGCAUACUGGUAAAGUAAUUGAACCUAAAAAUGCAGUGGAAGACUCAGUAACGCUGGAGCAAAUUGAAUGGGAGCUACAAAGUUUACGCGGUAAUUGGAACGAUCUUAUUAAUUCCUAUGAAGUAAAUAAAAUUAUGCGGAAACAUAGAAGCGAGUUGAAUAAUUCUUGCAUAAUGGAUAGCAUAAAGAGUUCAAUUAUGUGGUGGGUCUACAGCAAUGGUACUCUGAACCAUGAAUCGUUCAAUAAUAAAAAUGGUGACAUCUUUCCAGCGGCCAAAAUCUACUUGGAUUUCUCUUACAAGCACAUUGACGAUGACGAUACGCUGUACAACAAAACUUUGGAAAAUGAAACCCGUAUGGGCCACAGUGUUGUUAUUUUCUCAGCAGCACACAAUAAUCUAACACAAGUACCUUUUCGUACAUUAACAACCAUGAAUACAACUUUGAAGUACUUGACGUUGAAAGGUAACUCUUUCUCGUCUUACAACGAGGAGGAGCAAAACGAAGCCAUCACACUUCUAAGUCAAACACUGCUACACAAUAACAACACGACAAAUGACACUACCCAAGUAUUUGCUGGUAGCGAGACGAAUGUAACUGGGCAAAGAACUCUAACAUAUCAGGAUUUUAUAAAACGAAAAGAGUUAGAGUUGCUUAAUAGAAAGGGUAAGCUUUGA